AGCGGAGCAGUGUGAUUAUAUAAGAAGGAAUUGUAAGGCAGCUGGUCAGCGCAUUUGACAUCAGCAGACAUGGCAGAGAGUAUGCUUCUGUUCUGGGGCUCCGGCUCCCCGCCUUGCUGGAGGGUCACCAUCGCCUUGGAAGAGAAGAAACUGCAAGGCUACAAGGGAAAAGUGCUGUCCUUCGAGAAGAUGGAGCACAAAUCGAAUGAGGUUUUGGAGAUAAAUCCCAGGGGCCAGUUACCCAGUUUCCGCCAUGGGAAAAUCGUCCUGAAUGAAUCUAUUGGAAUCUGUCUCUAUUUAGAGAACCAGUUCAAGUCUCAAGGUACCCAGCUGAUUCCGGAUUCCGGGGCUGAGCAGGCUCUUGUUUACCAGAGAAUGUUUGAGGUUCUGACUCUGCAGGAGAAAGUGGUGGCCAUAAUCUAUUACUUCUGGAAGGUUCCAGAAAAUGAGCGCCAUGAAUCUGCUCUAGAGAGGAACAAAAAGGCGCUGAAUGCCGAGCUGAAUAUGUGGGAAGGAUACCUUGGGAAGCUGCCUCCAAAUUCUCACAUUACGGGGAAAAACUUUACAAUGGCAGAUGUAAUGCUGUUUCCACAGUUGGCCUGUGCUUUUCGUUUUGGCCUGGCGACUGAUAAAUAUCCCAAAAUGUUUGAGUACUACUCCAGAGUGAAAGAGCGGCCCAGCGUCAAGGCUUCAUGGCCUCCCCAUUGGAACGAGAGCCCUCCAAUGAUGGACGUGCUGAAGGAUAUCUGAGUUCACAGCAACCGUCACUUAAUCCUGCACCUUUUCAAUUUAAAUCGUGUAAUAGACCAUUGGCACUAUCAGUGCCACGGAAGAUUGUGUCCAGGCUCAAGAAGGCUAUGUUUGUUGCUUUAAAUAUUAUUAAACUAUUAUACACACCA